CUUUUGUCUCAUUUCUCCUCCAAGUCUACAACUUCCAUUAUUACACUCUCUUUUUUAUCGUCCCGUUUCAUGUUUCUUAUACACUCAUUCUCCUUUAUUACAACUCGGCAGUUUCAGAAUAAUCUCGCACAAAUAUUUACGAAUUAUUUUUCUCCCCACAAAGAGAUCGUAAAAAUAAGAUGGCUGGUAUGUUACCAGGAGUCGAAAGCGCUAGGCGAAGGCGUUGUCACGGAACAAGUGCUGGCUGGGCGGAUUCGCAAUCUUCUUCGAUUUUCGAAAGCUCGAAUAGCAGCAGGCGUUCGUCGUUGUGCUUGUAUUCCACCAACCAUAGCUCCCACUUCAAUCUACUUCAGAAGAGAACGGUGAAUAAGUACCAGCAACAACAGGAGCAUGAGGAGGAUGAGAAGCUGGGCGGAGCUGCUAGAGAGGCCAAGGAGAGGCUCGAUGAGAGACUCAGAUCCCAGUACAGAAAAUUGGAGCCUAAAAGUUUUCUCAAAGGAAAAAGACUUUGGCGGUAUGUGAACGGGGAUUUUACUAUUCCGACAAAAGAAAAGGAUGAAGCUGACUCAAAAUUCAAGGAUCGCAUUGAAGAAUGGGAUGUCAAAAAUCACCAGGCUAUCACAUUUUUUAGAAACUCUUCAGUUUCUAAAAUUAAUUUACAGUUUGGAAAUUAUGACACCGCAAAAGAAAUUUGGGAUCUAUUGGCAUCAAGAUACACUACAUCCGAUCUUUCUCACCAAUAUCAAAUCAUGAGUUCACUAAGUAAGCAAAAGCAAGAGCCCGGUCAACCAGUUGCAGAUUUUCUUUCUCAGAUACAAUCACUUUGGGAUCAGCUAACAUUAUCUGAACCAAAGUGGUUAUAUACAGAAGAUGCUACACUUUAUCACACAUAUCGUGACCAACAACGACUCAUCCAGUUUCUAAUGGCUCUCACCCAGGAUUUCGAACCAGUUAGAGCUGCUCUUCUUCAUCGAGUUCCACUACCCUCAUUAGAAAGUUCUGUUGCUGAACUUAUUUCUGAGGAAACUCGACUUGGUCUUGGCAAGCUCGAAUCUGUGGUUGAUAAUGUUCUAGCAGUACCUUCGGUAUCUACUUCUGACAAACCAUUUUGCAGGUUUUGUCGUCAAAGUGGACAUGUCACAAAGGAUUGCAUAACACUGCGCAAUCAUACAUGUCAACAUUGUCAUCAAAAAGGUCAUUACUCAAUACAGUUCUGCAAGAAAAAGCCAUCAUUCCAUUCAAACAAGUUUACUCAGUCUUCCGCUGCCGUAACUUCCGAAUCUCCAACCACAUCCACUAGUGAGCUAGAAUCCUUGCUCAAACAGGUUUUACUUAAAGCCAACUCUCCCUCCACUGCAUUCUCUGUCACUUCAGGUAAUUCUUGGUACUUUGAUUCUGCAUGUUGUAAUCACAUGACAAAUGAUUCAUCAAUAUUUACCAUGAAAACACAGAGUUCAUAUCUUCCAAAUAUUCAAACCGCUGAUGGUUCUACCAUGAAAGUGACACAUAUCGGAACCGUAGCUACGGAAGAUCUUAAUCUUCCUGACACAUACUACGUUCCUAAUCUUUCACUCAAUCUGAUUUCCAUCGGUCAAUUAUGUGAUCUUGGUCUUGAUAUUAUCUUUACUUCUUAUGGUUGUCAUGUACAGGAUCCUCAGACAGGACAGACGCUUGGGACAGGGCGUAGAUGCGGAAGGUUGUUUGAGCUCACUUCCCUUCAUCUUCCUACACCAAAAUCAUCAUCCAGUCAUCUAGUUGGUUCUUUUUCCACCACGACCAACAUCUGGCAUUCCCGGUUAGGUCAUCCAUCACAAUCUCGUUUACGUAGUCUUAUUUCCAGUGGUCAUCUAGGUAGUGUUAAUGUAGACACGAUUGACUGUGUUUCAUGUAGACUGGCAAAACAGCAUGUUCUUCCUUUUCCUAUCCAUUAUGAAAAAUCAUCAGCUACUUUUGACCUUAUACAUUCUGAUAUUUGGGGUCCCUCUCCAACUCCAACAAUGGGAGGAUCAAGAUACUAUGUGAUAUUUGUUGAUGAUUUUUCUCGUUACACUUGGAUAUAUAUUUUGAAAAAUCGAUCAGAAUUAGGAGAAACUUAUAAAAAUUUUGCCACUAUGAUUCACACUCAAUUCAAAAAGAAAAUCAAACUUUUUCGUGCCGAUAAUGCCAAAGAAUAUAAAGAAUCAGAACUUAACAAAUUUUUGGCAUCUUAUGGCACUCUUGCACAAAGCUCUUGUCCUUACACAUCACAGCAAAAUGGUCGUGCUGAACGUAAACAUAGGCACAUUCUUGAUACAGUUCGAGCUCUUCUCAUUUCCUCUUCUUGUCCAGAAAAAUUUUGGGGGGAAGCUGCAUUAACUGCUGUUUACACAAUCAAUAUGAUUCCUUCUGCUGUUAUAAAUAACUUGUCUCCUUAUGAAAAAUUAUAUGAAGAACCCCCGUCAUAUAAUUCUCUUAAGGUUUUUGGUUCUGCAUGUUUUGUUCUUCUUCCUCCACAUGAAAGAACAAAAUUAGAGCCGCGUGCCCGUCUUUGUUGCUUUAUUGGUUAUGGUAGUGGUCAAAAAGGAUAUCGUUGUUGGGAUCCUAUCUCCCAACGUCUACGAGUUUCUCGUAAUGUGACAUUUUGGGAACACAAGAUGUUUUCAUCCAUGUCAGAUUUUAAAAUUGACACUUCCACUAGCAUUUCUCACUUUACAGAUCCUUUCAUUGAUUUACAUCCCAUAGAUGAUCACAUGGAUUCUUCGACAUCGUCUAACACAUUUUCAGGAGAUCCUUCAAUUGAGCUCACUCAACCAUCUCCGACUACCAAUGUUCCCCUGACAGAAGUUCAGUCUGAGGAUUCUAACAUUGAGCCUUCCACUCAACCAUCUCCUCCAGAGGAGCCUGUUCGCUCUACUCGAGUAAGAAAACCUUCUGUUCGACUUUCUGAUUAUCAUGUUUAUUCUGCUAUACAAUCGUUACAUGAGCCUCAAACAUAUAGAGAGGCAAGUGUUAACCCUCUUUGGCAGAAAGCAAUGGAAGAGGAACUUCAUGCUUUAGACAAAACUCACACUUGGGAUUUGGUAACUUUGCCACCUGAUAAAACUGCAGUGAGUUGUCGAUGGAUCUACAAAAUUAAAACCAAAUCUGAUGGCUCUAUUGACAGAUAUAAAGCUCGUCUAGUUGCUAGAGGUUUUACUCAAGAGUAUGGUAUUGAUUAUGAGGAAACUUUUGCACCAGUUGCUCGUCUCACAUCUGUUCGAAGUUUACUAGCUGUUGGAGCAUCAAAACACUGGAACAUGUGGCAAAUGGAUGUCAAGAAUGCUUUUCUUAAUGGAGACCUACAUGAGGAAGUUUAUCUCAAACCACCUCCAGGUUUUUCCCACUCUCCAAAUCAAGUGUUCAAGCUUAACAAAGCCCUUUAUGGUCUUAAGCAGGCACCUCGAGCUUGGUUCGAGAAAUUCAGCACAAUAAUUCAACAAUUGGGAUUUUCUUCAAGUCCAUAUGAUCAUGCCCUUUUCAUUCGACGAUCAAAACGAGGAAUUGUUUUACUUCUUCUAUAUGUCGAUGACAUGAUCAUUACUGGAGAUGACAACGUGGGAAUUUCUGAACUUAAACAAUUUCUUAGUCAGCAAUUUGAGAUGAAAGAUCUUGGUUCAUUAAGCUACUUUUUGGGUCUUGAGGUUACUUCAGUCCCUACAGGCUACUCUCUUUCACAAGUGAAGUAUGCAUCUGACCUUUUGUUGAAAUCUGGAAUCAGUGACACUAAGAUUGUUUCUACACCUCUGGAUUAUGAGGAUAAACUUAACGCCAAAGAUGGUGAAUUACUUUCUAAUCCUACAUUGUAUCGCCAAUUGGUUGGAAGUUUAAUUUAUCUCACUGUCACUCGUCCAGAUAUUGCUCAUGCAGUGCAUAUUGUAAGUCAGUUCAUGGCAGCUCCUCGCACUCCUCACUUCACAGCCGUCCUUCACAUACUUCGCUAUGUUAAAGGCACCAUAUUUCAUGGAUUACAUUAUUCAUUUGAUUCUCCACUUGAAUUACAUGCUUACUCGGAUGCUGAUUGGGGCGGUGAUCCUACUACCAGAUGUUCCACCACUGGUUUUUGUUUCUUUCUUGGAGACUCCCUUAUCUCUUGGCGCAGCAAGAAACAAUCUCUUGCUUCUCGAUCAAGUGCCGAGUCAGAAUAUCGAGCUCUUGCUGACACCACACAGGAAUUAAUCUGGCUAAGAUGGUUACUCGAGGAUAUGAGUGUAACUCAUUCUCCAGCCACUUCUAUUUAUUGUGACAGCAAAAGCGCUAUAGACAUUGCUCACAAUGAUGUCUUUCAUGAACGCACAAAACAUAUAGAGAUCGACUGUCACUUCACCCGCCAACAAGUUGCCAAAGGCACGGUUCAUUUACAUGGUGUCGCGAGUGCAGAUAAUGCUGCAGAUAUUUUUACAAAAACUCAACCUCCUGGCAGUUUUCACAAUUACGUUUCCAAACUCAAGUUGGUUCUUCAACCAUCUUCAGUUUGAGGGGGGGUGUUAAAUAUAUAUAUAGUUUAUAUUAACAGCUGUUAGUAGUAAUGCAGCAAAGUCAAUUAUAUAGCUCAGCAGUAAAGUAGUUGGGGAGUUAACAGGUUUUCAUUUAUGCUUUUAACAAACCAAUACACGGUUUUAGUACUAUAUAGGAGCUAUUCUUGUAACACAAACUCAAGUUGAACAUCCAGUAAUACAAGUGCUCUGCAAGGCUUCUCUUAUAUUA